UCUCAAGUGUAACAUUUUUUUUUGUACUUAGCUUUUUCUUUAUUCACCAAAAUUUGGCUUGUAGAAUUUAUUUAGACCAUUAUUAAUUGGCAAUUGGCAUUAUGGAAGAUUGGGAAGAUGAUUUAUGGCUGGAAAAUGAAGAAGAUAUUGCUGCCAUAGAGGAACAAUUAUGUGAAGCUGGGAUGCAUUCUGCACAACAGGGAGCUGAGGAAAGAGUGUGCGACAAAAUGAGUUCUCAGUGUUCAACAUGGGAGGAAAGUGAGCCAAGUACCGAGCAUCUUCGUGUACUGAAUGAAGUUUUUGGGCACACUUCAUUCAGGCCAAUGCAGUGGAGGAUUAUCAGCACAGUUUUGAAGGGCAUGGACAACAACGUGGUCAUGGCAACAGGCUAUGGCAAGUCUCUGUGUUACCAGUUCCCUGCAGUGUUCAGAAAGGGUGUUUGUGUGGUGGUUUCACCUCUCAUCUCUCUCAUGCAAGAUCAAGUCCUUGGAUUGCAAGCUGCCAACAUCCCAGCUUGCUUUCUGGGCAGUGGACAGCUUGACCGCACAGUAUACUCUCAGCUUCGCUGCAAUUCCUUCAGAGUUGUUUAUGUAACUCCAGAGUUUGUUGGUGGAGGUGGACUUGGAGCUUUGCAAGACUUACAUGCUGGUGGCAAUGGCAUUACUCUAUUUGCUGUGGAUGAAGCCCACUGUGUCAGUCAAUGGGGACAUGACUUCAGGACUGCAUACAGGAAGCUUGGAGUGCUUCGGGACCAGUUUCCUUCCGUGCCCAUCAUUAGUCUGACAGCCACAGCUACGGCACCUGUCAUCCAAGACAUUGCUAGAUCUCUUAAACUCAGUAAAAACGCCGUUGUGACCGUGACAAGUUUUAAUCGACCGAACUUAUACUUGGAGGUGAAACCUAAAGGAUCUGGAGCUGCUGAGGAUAUCACGCUGGUGCUCCGUGACCUGGGCAUAGAGGGUCCCACGAUUGUCUAUUGUCCAACUAAAAAAUCUUCUGAAGACACCGCUGCUGCACUCAGAAGUGCGGGUGUGGAGUGCAGUGUGUACCAUGCUGGGCUAGGGCCUAAGCAGCGCAAGAAAGCUCAUGAAGAUUUUGUGAAGGACAAAGUGGGCGUGAUUGCUGCCACUGUGGCCUUUGGUAUGGGGAUUGACAAGCCGGACGUGAGGCGCGUGGUGCACUACGGAGCGCCGCGCGACCUGGAGAGCUACUACCAGGAGAUCGGCCGCGCUGGCAGGGACGGAAUGCCUAGCGUCUGCACGGUCUUCUACUCUUCCAAGGACUUCCUUCUGAACAAAUAUUUUUUAGGUCAGCUGAGAGAAGGACCGCACCGCGACCACCGAGCUGAGAUGCAGCGCAAGCUGGAGCAGCUGCUGAGCGCUGGCAGCGAAUGCAGGAGAGCUUUGUUGCUGCGCCACUUCGAUGCCAAUUGCGUCGUGGAGCAGCAGGCACGCUGCUGUGAUAACUGCACCAGGAGAGAGCAAAAAAAGCUUAAAGGGGCAUUUGUAUCCCGCGUUGAAUCGUCUAUGGACGAGUCAGGCUGCUACGACUUCACGAAUGACGCCUUGCUUUUCAUGAAGGCAUUACAGGGUAUCGGUGAUGCGAGCGCUGUCGGCAACGUAGUGCUCGUGCUGCGAGGCAGCAACAGCCAGAAGGUCAAGGCUUACUGGCGCAAACUCUCCGUCUUCGCACAAGGAAAACAUCGCAAUGAAUCCUUUUGGAAGGCCCUAGGGAAGCAGUUGGUGUUGAGUGGACAUCUUGUGGAGGAGCUCAUCACGCCAUCAGGAGGCAGAGGCAGAGGCUGGGGUGGAGGUCGGACCUUCUCCUUCAGCGCCCUCUCUCUCACUCACCUGGGACGGCAGGUUUUAUCAAGCCCUAAUAGUGUGAUUCGUCUCGCGCCCACCACGGAAAUGAGGGACGAGCUCCGCUAUGUCGUCAAGCUGACGCCGAUCCCCACUCGAGUUGUUGAAAAAACUGACGCGGUGAACAAGGAGACUUCAGCGCAGGGUAUCAGCGUGGCAUCAUUACAUGGUUUCCUGCCUGAGGUUCGUGGCAAGCGACUCAGUCGCCCCGUAGACAAACAUGUCGCCGAGACUCCAGUGGCUGUACGCGACGAUCAACCUGUCGAGGAUCAAACAACGAUUAUUUAUAAGACGGAGCUGUACAGAUCGCUGUUGGUGUUGCGCAACAAGCUUGGCGACGACAGCGGCUACAUGCCCUACAUGGUAGCUCACAACAAGACGCUCCUCGGCAUCGCCUCGUCGCUGCCGUGCAACACUCAACAACUUCUUCAAGUGGAAGGCAUGACUGCGGCCAAAGUAGCUAAGUUUGGUGCUUCCUUCGUCGCCCACGUCAGGGAAUUCUGCUCCAGUCGCGGCAUCCUCAUCCCUUCAGACGUCCAGGCCGAGGAUGACCGUGAUGCCACCAGUCAAGCUAUGGAAGCCAAAUCGACCGUUGAGAAUGCAGUGUCUGAAGAAUCUGCCUCCGGCAGCAGCGGUUGGCUCAAGAUUAAAAAGACCAAAAACUCACAGUCUCCCAUUCCGUCCAAUUAUGGAACGCAUUCUCAAGAAACCAUAAAGUCUUUGAAUGCUAAGCAAGAAACUAAUGCACAUGACGGGCGCUUAACUCAUGAUGAAUAUAUAUGUCGAGGUAUCACUUCUAAUGACAUUGAUGACAAGAACGUGCAUGCAACUCAGCUGAACGUAAACACAAUCGGUAAGAAUGGGAGUGCCUUAGAUGCUCCAAAAUUCAUCAAGACCUCUGAGCAAUGGUGUAAACGCAAUACUUCUAAUGACUACAAUGAUGAGCUAGACGACUUUUAUGGUGAUGAGAUUGAUGAAAUUGCUCUCGAGAGUUGGUUGAAAAGUCAUGAAGAAUGCAUUGAUGUGAAAAGUGAAACAUUUGUCCAAGAUGCAUCACUGGCACCCAAGCUCGUCGAAGAUUCUCAUUUAAAUACAGAAAAACCACCAUCUUCACAUUUCCCUGAUCGUCAUUCUCAUAGUGAAAUACUAAACUUGAAGUCUGUUGUUGCCGCUGCCGAGGAGCAGAUUGGUACGAUCGGUGGCGAGUGCAGCGAAGAAAGAAAGAACUGCGAAAUGGAUUCGUUAAUUUUGGAUGAGCCGAAGUACAAAUUUAAUUCCGUUGGUUCAAUGAAAGUGCUUUCGGCAGCUCAAAGUAGAACAUCUCUGAAUGGGAGAGAAGUUGGCAGAGGUGCAAGAGCGAAGCGCAAGAUGGGCGUCACCUACGAUGACGAUAGCGAGGAGGAAGAACUGCCAUAUCAGGAACCUACCGACGCUAAGUACCAGAAAAUAUUGGCAGACACGAGCCGCCGAGUUGGCACCGUCCUUUUAGACCCUAAAAUUAUGAAGUCGAAAAUGAAGAAGAGUUCAUUGUUCAAGUAGUUGCAACAUGCAAUGCAAUCAAGAGAUUUAUAUUUUACGUUUUUGCUGCUUUGCCAAAAUUUUAUGUGUCGCGAAUUUAAUGCAAAGGGAAGCAAAGUCAUUUUAAGUUCGAAAGUUAUAUUUUGUAUGUAUACUUACAUCAAUGAAUACAUUAAAAUUUAUAAUUUUCCUGCUUACUAACAGCCAAAUCAACUGGAGUUAACAAACUGAGAUACCUUGAUAAGUUGAAGGCGGCGUCUCUGGCAAAAGAAGCAUCUUACGCACUUAAAUUGUCAAAUAGGCUUCAUUUUGAAGUUACUAGGUUCGUUAAACUGAAUUUCAUUAACCAUGAAUGCCAAACCAGUUGCCCUAAUUCAUUCCAUGGUUUCCUGUUUGAAUGCAUAUAACUUAGAGUAGAACGCCAAAGUUAUCAUCGUAAUAGUUUCAUUAUUAUGCAUAUAAAUGAAGAUAGAAUAUAUACGCAUCUAAAAAGAUUAAAGCAAAACUAUAGCCAUACGAAACCAGCAAAUUUGUGGCUUAUGCGCCAGAAGAUCUAAGGUACGUGCAUAAAUAGUUAUACCUGAAAACAACACGCUCGCAGUAACCCAAGCCACACCGAUACAUCAAACGGUCUACUAAGCAAACCUAUAUCAAUGGACGCACGACUUACAUGCGUCGGAUUAACAAGAUUAAUAUCACACUGCCGUCGAGCAACGAGUGCCAUUCAUGGCCUUAAGCUCAACUGCAUCAGGCAUGCAGUAUAUGCUCCUAGUAUAAUUGAGACCAAGCUCUAUUUCUGGCGAUAAGGCCUGCAGCCAUGACUACGAGACGAAGACCAGAGCAACGUUAUCAGCUCAUGUAUGAUCAACUAUCACUAUUAUACGUGUGGCAUCUUCCAAGAUUCCGCGGCAUGUAUACGCCUGCUGAAAAAUCUCCAAGGUUUUCAUUCUGAGGUGCUCGCAUCCAUCAAUACUAGUAGUCUGAUUUACUUCCGAUGUAUGCUCCCAUUCGCUCUCGCUUGGGUAUCUUUGUUCCAAAAGAUACGAUUUAGCGGAUUAUCCAUACGGAUCCACGAGAAAUUUUGCCAAUUCAAAUAACUACCGAUAGGCUAUGUCAGGUCCGGCGGUUGAUAGUUCAAGCAAGGGUCUGAAAUUUACGUUAGAGCGCGGGCACUUUAACUGCAUUGAGCAUGUAAGAUCAAGACCGUCGCCUUCAGCACAAGAGACCGCCUAUCUCACUGCAGCGAUGAGAUAAUUUCUGAUCCUUCUGGCAAUACGUAUAAUUACGCACCUGAUCAUGCCACGCGAUAUGUUCUAUCUGAUCACAAAAUAUCUUCACCAUACAUGACCAGUGUAACUAAUAUAGGAACUUAAUAAUAGCAACAUAAAAUAUAGUUAUAUUCUUCAAUACACAUAACCAACAAUUGUCGCACUGUAUGUCACCAUUCCUCAUUCCGCCUGCUGGAACGAGGCAGUUUACCCACAUAACAGCGCGUCAAAUGGAAUGCGAUUAGACGAAGAUACGAGCAUCCUAUGUAUUUAUUUGUUCAUUACAUUCAUCGAGGAUAAAAUUCUAUGAAUAACAGCUCCUUUUAAUAUAAAUUUAUUACUUUAGAUAUUUUAUUGAAAUUAAUCUACCGUAAACAAUAGAAUGAAAGAUGUCCACAAUUAUUAGCGGCUAAAGAAACCCCAAAAUUUGAUUCAGAUCCGACUGAGCACCGACUAUUUCACUGUUGGUAAAUCCACGACCUCAGCCACAAGUCGAAAUACCAAUCCUAGCCAAAAAUUGAUCAGCUAAAUUAGCCAUAAUCUAACGCAACCAGGAGGAAACAGGGCUGUUAAGAUUACUGAAGUUUCAAGUGGUGCGCACUUCACUCCAGCGAUGAAGUUUAGAAUCUAUGAGAAACUUAGACGCUCUGGUAGGCAGCAGAACGGCGCCGACGUCCCACAAGGUAGCUGAUGAGCACAAGCAGCACGAGCCCCGCCAACGCGCAGCCGACUGCUAUUGGCACCAGGUCACUCGUGAUGU